GAUAUUCCUUUAAAGCUGUGGCUUGACUGCAAGACGUCCCAGAGGAUCCAGUCGAUGCACCAAUACAAAAAAACCUUUCGAGUGGACGUAAACAUUAUAUCACAACAGUAACGAACGAAGGAAAGAGAUACCGAUAACUGGGUGCCAAGAAGACAGCUGCUCCUCUUUUCCAAAAGGACGAGGCGCACAACGUCUUUGGAACAACUGCUGUUGCAUGCAGUCAUCUGCAGAGGUUACUGUAUGAAGCUUUUAAGGCCGUUUUGAAUGAUCAGCCACUCGAUGGGGAUUUACCGAGGAGCUCUCACCUGUGUCGCCUCCUGCCCUCCGCCCCGCCGCCUGCCCUCCCUCUUCUGCACCUCCUCCACACACAUCAUGAAACUGGUAUUAACUGAAUGGCAAUUGAUAUGGAUUUUUACUGAUUCCAGUAGACUGUGAAGCAACAAAAACACAAAAAGGGAGGAAAAGCCAUAUCUCAUUUUCACACGUCCUUCUUUACACCAAAUAAACCUGCCUGUGGGGUGCUGUUCUAGGCUGCCUACACAGGCCAUCCCUGAAAACAACACCUCUCUGGGAAACACGAGGAAUGUAUCGUACGCUUUGAGAGAUUCUUCUUCCUACCUGAUUACCUCGUUUGAGGACAUCGACGGCAGAGGGAGCUAUACUUUGAGGACCAGCUCUCACACCAGGCGCCACCAAGCCACCAGUGUGAGCAUACAGAUUCUUUUUUACAUUAAAAAAUAUAUAUAUAUUGUUUUUCUCUGGAGCCUGAAGUGCUGUGCGUUUGGCUGUGUGCAUGCCGAAGAAGAAGAAAAUGGCUCCCCAGAACUCUGAGGCGGAUGCUAUGCAAGUGCAGGGGGUGAUGGUGGUCCCUACUGCUAAGAAAACCACCACAGACUCUGCUGCCACAGGGGAUAGAGGAGGAGGAGGAGGAGGUGUGGUGCUGGAGUCAUGCCAGGAGGAGUCGGUGAGCGAGGGGUCUAUAGACCGGAUCCCCCUGCAGCAGUGGGUGAUGCACGGAGCCGUCAUGUUCGGACGAGAGUUCUGCUAUGCCAUGGAAACGGCCUUGGUUACGCCUGUACUGCUGCAAAUAGGUCUUCCAGAACAGUAUUACAGUCUGACGUGGUUCCUGAGCCCCAUUCUGGGUCUGAUCUUCACACCUCUGAUUGGCUCAGCCAGCGAUCGCUGCACCCUGAAAUGGGGCCGGCGACGCCCUUUCAUCCUGGCCCUGUGUGUGGGGGUGUUGUUUGGAGUAGCACUCUUCCUCAACGGGUCACUCAUAGGACUUGCCGUCGGCGACGUGCCAAAUAACCAGCCCAUAGGGAUUGUUCUGACGGUGCUCGGUGUAGUAGUGCUGGACUUCAGUGCAGACGCAACAGAGGGUCCCAUAAGGGCCUACCUACUAGAUGUGGCAGACACUGAAGAACAAGACAUGGCCCUCAACAUCCACGCCUUCUCCUCUGGUUGUGGGGGAGCAGUGGGCUACGCGCUAGGCGGUCUGGACUGGACCCACACAUUCCUGGGCUCAAUCUUCAAGUCCCAGGAGCAGAUCCUCUUCUUCUUUGCCGCCAUCUUGUUCACUAUCUCUGUGGCGCUGCAUCUGUUCAGCAUUGAAGAGCAGCGGUACAGCCCCCAGCAGGACCGGCUGGACGAGGAGGCCGACGCCGCUUCUUCCACGGCCCACAAGGACAACUGCUCCCCAGGGAAGCUUCAUGGCCACAACACCCCCCACAUGGAGCUCAUCGGAGAGGACGACAUCUACGACCCUUGUGAUCGUUACGACCGUUAUGAGUUCUACAGGGAUGGUGAUGGGGAAGAGGAUGGGCGCUCAUUGCACGACAUGGACAUGGACUUCCUGGAUGUGGAGAUGGUGAGGUCCAAGUCGGACUCAGUGCUGCAAAUGGCCGACGCCACACUGGAUCACCUGGACCACGACGCUCUGUCCCUGCUUCACAUCGAGCCCUCCAUCUUUGCUGACCGCCUGUCGUCCUACCACGGCUCUCCACCACGCCGCAGCAGCAGCACAGGCAGCCAGGACCUCCUCAAAACCUCCAAAAAGAUCUGCCGGCUGUCCCAGUUCCUGCAGGAGCAGGACCGCGACGGGGAAGAGGCGCUUCUCAACAACCAGCUCAACGAGCAGAAGACGCCAAACGGCCGGGCACAUGCCAACGGCUUGGGCCAGGGCGCCAACGGGCAUGCCCACAUGGUCAUGAAGAACUCGGCCAGCACAAACGCUUCCAUGCGGCACCGCCGACACAUCUUCUACCGCCAGCCGUCCUGCACCUUCUCCUACUACGGCCGCGUGGGCUCCCACCGCUACCGCUACCGGCGAGCCAACGCCGCGCUGCUCAUCAAGCCCUCGCGCAGCUUGAACGACAUCUACGAGGUGCAGCGGAGACAGAAGAGGAGACAGCAGAACCCCAGAGCGCGACACCAGUCAGGCAACACCAACUCCAGCGGGGACACAGAGAGUGAGGAGGGGGAGACGGAGACCACGGUCAGGCUGCUGUGGCUGUCCAUGCUGAAGAUGCCUCCAGAGCUGAUGAGGCUCUGUGUCUGUCAUCUCCUCACCUGGUUCUCCAUCAUCGCUGAGGCCGUCUUCUACACUGACUUCAUGGGCCAGGUCAUCUAUCACGGCAACCCCACGGCUCCCGCUAACUCCACGGAACUGCAGAACUACCACAAAGGAGUUCAGAUGGGCUGCUGGGGGCUGGUCAUCUAUGCCUUGACCGCUGCCUCCUGCUCAGCCUUACUGCAGAAGUACCUGGACAACUUUGACCUGAGCAUCAAGGUUAUCUACGUCCUGGGUACGCUGGGCUUCUCCAUCGGUACGGCCGUCAUGGCCAUCUUCCCCAACGUCUAUGUCUCCAUGGUGAUGAUCAGCAGCAUGGGCAUCAUCUCCAUGAGCAUCUCCUACUGCCCUUAUGCCCUACUGGGACAAUACCAUGAGAUGAAAGAGUACAUCCACCACAGCCCAGGGAACUCCAAGCGGGGCUUCGGCAUCGACUGUGCCAUCCUGUCAUGCCAGGUGUACAUCUCCCAGAUCCUAGUGGCAUCGGCACUGGGCGCGGCGGUGGACGCCACAGGUAGCGUGCGGGUCAUCCCUAUGGUGGCGUCCGGCGGCUCCUUCCUGGGUUUCCUCACCGCCUGGUUCCUGGUCAUCUACCCGAGCCACGGCGAUGCGGAGGCCAAGGGUGAGCAGAAAGCUUUAACAGGGCCCUCCUCUGAUAACAGCGGCACAGAGAAACCCAGUGUUCUAAAACUGACCAAGAAAGGCACCGCCACCACUACUUGUAAAGUGGAGUGCGAAUCCACUCUGUGAUGGAGGGAGUUACUGUUACCAUAGCAAUGCAAACGACAUCAACAAAAAAUAUAAAUAAAAACUGACAUUCCCUUUUCCGCCACCGAAGACUGUGCUGCAUGGCAUGGGCUUGACCGACCUGCUCUUUCUCUGAGACACAUGGGCCAGGAUGUUUUAAAGUUUCAUUUUUACUUUUUUCAUUUAAUAUGUGUCGCGGUCUCAGGACUGUGGUGUGGCGAGGAGAGGACAAUCAUCUCUCCCUCUCAGGGCCACCAGGAGCUGCCAUCAAGGCGGUCCGACUGGAUAGGACAGAUCAGGGGACAAUGGAUACACACGCGACCGACCGUCAUUCACACGCUGAACUGGGAUCUCUCGAAAAGACAUGCACUUCACUCUUGCACUUCCAUUCAUGGGUCAAGACAAAAAUAGUUUAAGAGAUAUUUUAUUCUUCUAGUAAGUGAAUCAUUUGAAAAUACUGAAAAUUGCUCUUCCUUUUGAUUGAACAUUUUAUUUAGUUUAUUUUACUCUAUAUAUUUUUGACAUGAUAUUGCAGAAGGACAUUGUAAUCACCAAAUGUGGCCAGGCCCGGUAUAAUUUACAGGGUUGAUGUUUUACUUUUUGGACUUUAAAGGUUUUUAGUGGCUUUAAGAGAAAACGGCACAGGUAUAAGGAGGAGAUUUCUUCUUUAGGAGAGCAUCUCCAAAGUGAGGAGCGAAAGAAGGCAUUGUUUGGUAAAUAGUUCUCUUAUUUAUUUUAUUUUAGCACAUACUAAGUUGUCACAUACUAAGACCAGUUACACUAUAUCUACACAUAGAUAUCUUUAUCCUCUUUAGUAAUUUAUACUAAGGAUCCUAUUUUCCACCUUUCAGUAUAAAUCCUUCGGAGAUCACGUCCUCAAGGGCAUUACCAUUGACGGAGAACAGAAACACUUUAAGAAAAUGCUCAAGAGAAAGAAUCUCAGUGCUGCGUUGGAGUUACGAAGGAGUGCAUACCAAACAAAGGAGAGAAGCUGAGGAGCGCUUUUCUGUCUCAGUGAGAAGAAACAGAUUUUGCGCUUAAUUUCCCUUACUACUACUUAUUUUUCUUUUUCUUGUUUCAAAAGCAAUGUUAAUGGAUUGUGUCCCUCGCUGCACAAUUUCAGCUGUUGUCCUUUUUUUGAGGAUGUUACUAAAACUAGCUAGAUGUUUGUCAAAUGUGGGAGUGCGGUUAGAUGGAGGGUUGGGGGAGGAGCCCCUAGGCAGAACUUAAACUGUGCAGGAAUUGAAGUUGGUUCUUUUCCUACCACAUAGGUCUUCUAUUUUCAGUUUCUAACUGAUUGAAAAUGAAGUAAUGGGUCUUAAAAGAAGAGUAAUAUCCUCUCACUUUUGUAGUCUGUUUACAUUUUAGAAACCUGGUUGCUGCAUGGUUUGGGCCAUGUGGCGAGUUGUGCUGUGCUCGGAAGCAGCCCUAGCUAAAUGCUAACCCGCCAUGUUGGCUCUGCAUGGCCUACAUACAGUGCAUUGGGAAAGUAUUCAGACCCCUUCAAUUUUUCCACAUUUUGUUACGUUACAGCCUUAUUCUAAAAUUGAUUAAAUUGAAUUUUUUCCUUAUCAAUCUAAAUAAAAUAC